UUGGUUUUGGGGGUGGCACGGUGUUACCACAGAAUUAAAAUGGCAGUUACAGUUGCCAAGACCCACCCCACAGUUUUCCAAACAAGUGGGAACACAAAGUUUCAGAUUGUGUUUGUUACUAUGUCAGGGCUUACUGUAGGUUACAGUAGUACAGCUGGGUUUGUGUUUGUUACUAUGUCAGGGCUUACUGUAGGUUACAGUAGUACAGCUGGGUUUGUGUUUGUUACUAUGUCAGGGCUUACUGUAGGUUACAGUAGUACAGCUCGGUUUGUGUUUGUUACUAUGUCAGGGCUUACUGUAGGUUACAGUAGUACAGCUGGGUUUGUGUUUGUUACUAUGUCAGGGCUUACUGUAGGUUACAGUAGUACAGCUGGGUUUGUGUUUGUUACUAUGUCGGGGCUUACUGUAGGUUACAGUAGUACAGCUGGGUUUGUGUUUGUUACUAUGUCGGGGCUUACUGUAGGUUACAGUAGUACAGCUGGGUUUGUGUUUGUUACUAUGUCAGGGCUUACUGUAGGUUACAGUAGUACAGCUGGGUUUGUGUUUGUUACUAUGUCAGGGCUUACUGUAGGUUACAGUAGUACAGCUGGGUUUGUGUUUGUUACUAUGUCAGGGCUUACUGUAGGUUACAGUAGUACAGCUGGGUUUGUGUUUGUUACUAUGUCAGGGCUUACUGUAGGUUACAGUAGUACAGCUGGGUUUGUGUUUGUUACUAUGUCAGGGCUUACUGUAGGUUACAGUAGUACAGCUGGGUUUGUGUUUGUUACUAUGUCAGGGCUUACUGUAGGUUACAGUAGUACAGCUCGGUUUGUGUUUGUUACUAUGUCAGGGCUUACUGUAGGUUACAGUAGUACAGCUGGGUUUGUGUUUGUUACUAUGUCAGGGCUUACUGUAGGUUACAGUAGUACAGCUCGGUUUGUGUUUGUUACUAUGUCGGGGCUUACUGUAGGUUACAGUAGUACAGCUCGGUUUGUGUUUGUUACUAUGUCAGGGCUUACUGUAGGUUACAGUAGUACAGCUGGGUUUGUGUUUGUUACUAUGUCAGGGCUUACUGUAGGUUACAGUAGUACAGCUCGGUUUGUGUUUGUUACUAUGUCAGGGCUUACUGUAGGUUACAGUAGUACAGCUGGGUUUGUGUUUGUUACUAUGUCAGGGCUUACUGUAGGUUACAGUAGUACAGCUGGGUUUGUGUUUGUUACUAUGUCAGGGCUUACUGUAGGUUACAGUAGUACAGCUGGGUUUGUGUUUGUUACUAUGUCAGGGCUUACUGUAGGUUACAGUAGUACAGCUGGGUUUGUGUUUGUUACUAUGUCAGGGCUUACUGUAGGUUACAGUAGUACAGCUCGGUUUGUGUUUGUUACUAUGUCAGGGCUUACUGUAGGUUACAGUAGUACAGCUGGGUUUGUGUUUGUUACUAUGUCAGGGCUUACUGUAGGUUACAGUAGUACAGCUCGGUUUGUGUUUGUUACUAUGUCAGGGCUUACUGUAGGUUACAGUAGUACAGCUCGGUUUGUGUUUGUUACUAUGUCAGGGCUUACUGUAGGUUACAGUAGUACAGCUGGGUUUGUGUUUGUUACUAUGUCAGGGCUUACUGUAGGUUACAGUAGUACAGCUGGGUUUGUGUUUGUUACUAUGUCAGGGCUUACUGUAGGUUACAGUAGUACAGCUGGGUUUGUGUUUGUUACUAUGUCAGGGCUUACUGUAGGUUACAGUAGUACAGCUCGGUUUGUGUUUGUUACUAUGUCAGGGCUUACUGUAGGUUACAGUAGUACAGCUGGGUUUGUGUUUGUUACUAUGUCAGGGCUUACUGUAGGUUACAGUAGUACAGCUCGGUUUGUGUUUGUUACUAUGUCAGGGCUUACUGUAGGUUACAGUAGUACAGCUGGGUUUGUGUUUGUUACUAUGUCAGGGCUUACUGUAGGUUACAGUAGUACAGCUGGGUUUGUGUUUGUUACUAUGUCAGGGCUUACUGUAGGUUACAGUAGUACAGCUCGGUUUGUGUUUGUUACUAUGUCAGGGCUUACUGUAGGUUACAGUAGUACAGCUGGGUUUGUGUUUGUUACUAUGUCAGGGCUUACUGUAGGUUACAGUAGUACAGCUCGGUUUGUGUUUGUUACUAUGUCAGGGCUUACUGUAGGUUACAGUAGUACAGCUCGGUUUAAAGCCUGAUGCUAUGCAGUAGAUUAGACCCGGAAGGUUGCGAGUUCAAACCCCCGAGCUGACAAGGUACAAAUCUGUCGUUCUGCCCCUGAACAGGCAGUUAACCCACUGUUCCCAGGCCGUCAUUGAAAAUAAGAAUGUGUUCUUAACUGACUUGCCUGGUUAAAUAAAGGUAACAUUUUUUUUUCUUCUAAGUAUUGGUGUGUACACUCAGCUGACACGUCACAUACACUAACACCUUCCACAGCUCAGCUGGACCUGAAGACAUGCACUUUCAUUUGACAAUAGUGCUUUUGUUUUUGUUUUGAGCUCUUUGGAGGGCAAACACUGGAUUUCCACUUUGGUCAAACAUACAUGGAAUUUAAUAUAAUGUAAUACAUAUUUUAGAUACAUUUAAAUGUUUUCACACCUCACAAACAAUCAAGAAUAUACUACACUGAACAAAAAUAUAAAUGCAACAUGUAAUGUGUUGGUUCCUGCUUCAUGAGCUG